AUGAGUUCCAUCAAUAGAGGAAAAUUGUAUAAAGACUUAUUUUGUGCUUAUUCAAAAGCAUAUUCCGAAACAAAAUCGAAACAAUCGAUUCAGGACAAUGUGAACAACAUUUGGUCAAACAUCAAAAACGAUUCAAAUGUUGCUAGUCUAAUUGAGGCUAGAAUUUCUGAACUAAAUAAAAUUAAGGCAAGAAAGCAGGUUAGUCUUCAUACACUUUGGCUUCGUGCCAGUGAAAAAGGAAAUGGUUUUAGUGUUAAAGCACCUGAAGAAUCGACAAAUCGAUCAAGUCCCGUUGUCGAAAAUGAAGAAAUAGUACAUCCAACGACUUCUCAAAAAACAGCCGCCUCGAAUGUUAUUGAAGAAGAAGGUGCACCAUCAAACAAAGAAACACAAAUCGAUGUAACCGACCAGGUACAGAGCGUUAAAGCCAACCCAACUCCAGCUCAAUGCAGCAUAAAAAGUGAGAUUGUGGUGUUACUAUCAGAUGUUAAAGCAUUGAAAAUGCGUCGAGAUUGUGGACUGUUGACCGAAAAUAUGGAAAGUGAACUGAAAUUAAAGACAAAGAAUUUAGAAGCAUUAAGGAAACGACUAAAAAAGAAAGAGCGUGAUAUGAUUCGACACCGGAAACGACGCCUUAGAAAAAAGGCUUCGCUUGAAAAUGCAUGCGAAAAUAAUCCAGAUCUAAAGAAGAAAUUGAGCAUUCGAGGCAAAGUGGGCCGACCACGUAUCGAAGAAGAUCAGCCGUAUCUUUUAAAAGCUAUUAUUGACUUGGCCAUGCAUGGGUCUGCAGCGCACGAGAGGCGUCGAGACGAUUCCAUAAGAACAGUAAAAACCCUUGAUGAUCUAGUAACAAAACUGCGCGAAGAUUAUGGUUAUAAUUUGUCACGGAGUGCAACGUAUUUGAGACUAUUGCCUAAGAGAGCUAAUUCAACCGAAGGAAAGCGUCAUGUCAACUCUGUUCCAGUGAAGCUAAUCCGACCUGACAACGACUUGCAUAAAGAUCAUAUGGACGGAAGGUUUGCCAAAACAACAAUCAGUCAUAUUGACAGUAUGGCUUCGUUAUUAGGGCCGAAUGAAGUGACAUACAUUAGCCAGGAUGACAAAGCUAAGGUUGCAAUAGGCCUACCAGCGGCAUCCAAACAAGCGCCAUUGCUAAUGCACAUGGAGUACAGAGUCAAGCUUCCCGAUCACGACUUUGUGAUAGCGAAAGGACACAAACUGACUCCAUCGGUUUAUGGAUUCUGUCAAAUUAAGGCAAACGGUGGUGGCGAUGCGUCAGCGAUAAGCUAUUCAGGUCCAACGUUUGUGGCUAUAAGGUCAUCCAAGCACUCUUCGUCUACAGCUUUUUCGCACGCACGGGAUUUGGAACAGAUCUACGAAAAGUCUGAAUUCAGCGAAUUUACACAUACGACGAUCGGUGGAAAACUGAAACCAAAACCGGUUCUUGUUUGUAUUGUGGACGGUGGGCCAGACGAAAAUCCGCGUUACGAAAAGGUUAUUAGCAUGGCAGUUCAUCAUUUCGUGCAACUAGACUUAGAUGCCAUCAUGAUCGCGUGCAAUGCACCAGGACGUAGUGCCUUCAACCGGACCUUUAAGCAGAGCAUUGACAGUCAGGGACAAACUGUUGAUAUAGAAUUGGAGAAGCAGAAUUUCUCAUACACCGGCAAGGCUCUAGCAGAAGUCUGGUCAGAUACACUUAUUGAUGGACAUUUGACUGUAGCUGAUUAUAUAAAGCCUGAACAAUCUGAUAUCGAUCAGGCAUCGAUCAUCUCGAAGGACGAAAAGUGGUGCAGCCGACAUGUGCAUCAGUCUCAGUAUUUGCUUCAAAUACUCAAAUGUUCUGACAAUCGUUGCUGUAAACCAAGGCGUAGUUCUCUGUUUCGAUUUCUGCCCAAGGACGGCUUGCCACCACCGUCGCCUAUAAUACAGUCAAACGAAGGAUUGAAACACGCCAACAUCAACGAUAUUGAAAACUAUGCGUCAUUAUUCGUGACGCUGGCACUACAAAAGAUUGGGCAUUCACAUGCCAUUUAUGACACCUAUUGUCCUUCGGUGCAAUCAAAACUCGAUUCACGAACAUGCUCGUGCAAUCAAUAUUUCAGUUCCGUUGUCUCGAUGAAACGACAUUUGAAAGACAAUUUUAUUUGUAAAAAAAACAUAAAGAUCGUUAAGCCUGUGAAAAUUCUCGGAACACGAGGGAAUGAGUCGUUAGUUGUAGUCCGCUAUAAUGUUGAAGAAGAUGUCGAGUGGCUUCCGAGUGUGGAGGUAGACGGUGAAUUUUUAGAUAAAGACGAACAACCUUCGAGUAGUAUAAUUUAUGACAAUGAAACAAGAUUAAAACCAAUUUGGAGAACUGUUUAA